AUAUGCUCUCCUUUCUAAAGUCAUGACGUUUGCCUUUACGUGCUGCGUCACAGGCGUGCGUCAGUCUAGUUUGUAAACAGUCUUCCUGCAGAAGCUGCAGCUUCAACAUUGGUAGUAUUGUAGUUAGCUAACAUGACGUGCCAGCAUUUUAUAUUACGCUUGUAAAGGUUUCCACUCGUCGCUGCUUAGUUUAUACCUGUUAAUAAUCCAAGUGACUAUCGAGUGGUGUUGUAAAAUCUUUUUUGGGGCUUUACAAGUCCGCGUCAAAUUGCUGUUAUUAAGCUAAUCUUACUCCUUAGGCUAGUUUUAGCUAGCCAAGUCGUUUCCUCUGCAGAGGAUAAGACGCAGCGUUGUUUUUUAUCUUUUAAUGUUAAAAUGGUGCUUUCCUUGGUGAGCCUCUGUGCCAAGGAGGUGGUGAGUGACCACAGCUCGUCGCCGUGCUGGCUGAGGUGGGUGCCCAGGGAGCUCUACAGACCGCUGCUGGAGGCCGCCUUCACCAGCUGCAGACCGCUGGCUGUGGGUGAGCUGGUGCAGAGAUGGCCCGAACGCGCCCUGCGUGUCGGUGGACGGAGGAAACCGGGACAGACUGCGCCAAAUCGACUCUGCAUCCAGGCUUUGUUACUUGCAGUUGUCAGAGGACUGUCGGACCGAAGAUGUGCCCUGCAAAUACUGGAUCUCUGUGGGCUCCAGGGAGAUGAAGGAGGGAUGGGAGACCCGAUGGGAGGCUGGUCUCUGACUGUAGCUCUCUGCACCAUGGUUGUUCAGGCCAGAGGUGGAGCACAGAGGGCACAGAGGAGAGAUGGAGAGAGGGAGAGGAAAAGAUUCUCAGCCUUGGAGAGAGAGAAGGAUAUAAAAAGAGAGAGGGGACAGUGGAGGAGGGGAAAAGAGCCUAAUGGCGAUGAGGCAAGCAAUGACAGAGAGAGGAUGGCAUUGUCGGGAGUUCUGGGUGAAGAGGAGAUGAUUAAGGGAAUCAGGAGGAGGAUGGAGAUAGAGAGGAAAAGAGAUGGCACAUUGGCAGGUUCAGCAGGCAUCAAAAAGGAAAAUGAGGAAAGAGAUCUAGGAAGUGACGUGUUGGUGCAUGUGAGAGCUGACCUGUUUGUCAAUGCUCGAUCUUGGGAACGUGCCCGUGUGGCUCUCAACACUGCAGGACCCCUUAAGCUUCAAUGCAGAUACCUACGCGUGGAGGAAAUCUCUGUGUCGAGCAUCAGGACUCUGCUUGACCUCCUGCCUCGCCAGGGACUCCAGGGCAUCGACGUUCGCUACAGCAGCCUCGGGGUGGCUGGCUUGGCUGAGCUGCUGCCUCUGCUCUCCGCCUUCCCUGCGCUGAACUCUCUCCGGCUGCACUAUUGUAACUUGGACUUUCGCCGAGACCACCCCGGCCAAGAGGAGGCACUGAGGGACUUGUCACAGGGUUUGGCACAGCUACAAGAACUGCGACGCCUCAGCCUCACUGCACUGCGCCUGCCAGGACAGCUUCGUGUGCUGCUCAGCUCACUGCCUCAGCCUCUGGAGAUCGUGGAGCUUCCAUAUUUGAGCCUGAGUCCGGCUGAUCUUGCCUAUCUGUCCUGCAGCCACCAUGCCUCCACGCUGCAGCAGCUGGAUCUAAGUGAGAACCGUCUGGAUGAAAACACUCUGCCCUCCAUUCGCCGCCUCCUCUCCCAGGCUUCUAGCAGCCUGCAGCACCUCUCUCUGAGCGGCUGUGGCCUAAAUGACAGCCUAAUGGCGCUCCUGCUGCCCUCACUGGGAGGCUGCUGGGCCCUCAAGAGCUUGGCUUUAGCCCUGAACCCGCUCUCCAUGUCUGGUCUCAUGGACCUGGUGAGGAUGGCUGCUCAGAUGCCAUCCCUCCGUCAGCUGCUGUACCCCAACCCCCUGGAGGACUACCAGCCGGGCCUCCCUGACCGGCCCUCCAGUGCUCAGCUCUUAGACUGGCCUUUGGACGAAACCACAGACAUCAACAUGACCAGCAGCCAGCUCAACAGGGUUUUAAUAGACAGCGGACGCACUGACCUCUUUCUGACCUGCGACCUGCUCAACUAUGAUAAAGACUUGGUAGAUUAGAGCAGAAGUUGGGAAGAACAGGUGCUUCUAAGUUCACUCAACCGACAUACAAGAACAAUGUAAGCACGACAAUCAAGUUGUCAUGCUGAAUAUGAUAGUAUUCUUUUAUCUGUGUCUUAUCUUUUUGUAAUCAUGUAAUCACUGUGUGUAUCAGGUGAAGGAUUUUUGCUUUUUCUUUAUGGAUAAAUCACUGCAAUCAGCAGAACAGUAAUCAGAAGAAUAUCAAUCAUCACCAAAUCAGCAGGUUUGUUCUUGUUAGAAUCAUGAAUGUGAGCAUCAGACAAAUCAGAUGAAUUUGGAAAAUGUAAAUGUUGGCAUGAUGGGAGAGCUGGGAAUAAGGUUUGUCCCCCUUGGGGUGUAGGACUGUACAGGAACUAACACACGUUUCAGUUAAGAGGUGCUACACUACUAACAAAUUCACUUUUUGACUGUAUAAAUCAAAUUGUUGCAUACGAGUCGCUGCUGGUUUUGUACCAAAAACGAGUUAUUACUUUAUAAUCAGGCUACCAGGAUACUUUAGUGUAGCAUCUGUUACAGCCUAUCUGCCUUUGUGCCUUUACAUCAGUCACUUUCUUUAUUCAAGGCACAGAUCCAAAUAUCUGAUCAGCUCGCAUGCUCCAUGUGCAUACUGGAGAUCAGCAACCAGUGCCGCAGUGGUCAACUUUAUAUAUGUGUUAGCUAAAUAUUUGCAUAAAUUCCUUAAAUGGGAAAUGAAUGUAACAGCAAAAUAUUUUGGUUUAUUAGAAUUUUGCACCAAUUAACUGUUUUUCUGUUUUACCCACUAAGUAAUGUACUCUUACAUUUUUGUUGUUUUAUUGUACAUAUCUGUCAUACAAUAAUUUCUUCAAUAUCUCUUAAAAUGUUCAGGAUUGUGCUUUUCUAUUCAUUUCACUUGUAUAUUGAGUCAAAAAGUGUCACCGUUAUCAGGAAGUGAGCAUACCAAAUCACCCUUGUACCACCUGAAUGCAUUUACAUACUGUAUGUCAUAGAAUAAAUCGGUCAAAAUUUCAA